UAAUGUUAACUAAUAAAAUAAAGUAAAAAGAAAGAAAGAAAAUGUGUGGAAGAAAUGGAUUGAUAGAGAUUUUGGAUUGUUGCGGUGUUUGAACAGAAUCACACAGUCCACACGAACAAACCAAACUGAGAACACUAAUUUCCCACAUCACUCCUUCUUUCUCUCUCUUUCUAUCUCUAACUCUUUUAACAGCAGAAGAACAAGGAAAGAAGAUAAUGGUGGUGACAUGUGAAACAUGAAGAGUACUGUAUUAUUAUGCAUCUUCAAUGGCAUCAUUAUGUCAUAAUGCCUUUUCAUUUUCACCUACAAAACUUUUCCCUAUCAUGUUAAAGCCAUCUUUCAGAUGCUCCUCCAUUACUACUAAUUCCACACCUUCCUACAAUUCCAUUGUUUUUGAGACUGUUAGGCUAUUGGGUCCUCCAACAAAAUUUGAAGCUUCAAAGCUGAAGGUUGUUCUAUUGGAAGAUCAGAUUAACAGAUAUGCAAGUAUUAUCCCAAGAACCUACAUUCUAUCCCACUGUGAUUUAACAGCUAAUCUCACUUUAGCUGUUUCCAAUGUCAUCAAACUCGAGCAGUUGAGAGGGUGGUACCAGAAGGAUGAUGUUGUAGCUGAAUGGAAGAAAGUGAAGAAUGAAAUGUGCCUACAUGUUCAUUGCUUUGUUAGUGGUCCUAAUUCCUUCCUAGAUCUCGCUGCUGAGUUUAGAUAUCACAUUUUCUCCAAGGAAAUGCCUUUGGUACUCAAAGCAAUUCAAUGCGGAGAUUCUGAACUUUUCCACGAGCAUCCAGAAUUGCUGGAUUCUAUCGUUAGAGUAUAUUUCCAUUCUAGCUCAAAAAUAUACAACAGAAUGGAAUGUUGGGGGCCUUUAAGGGAUGCAAUGGAGGGAAAACGAGGCGAUCAGUUACAAGGGUUGAUAAACAGAGAUCGUCCUCCUGAAGAAUGGAGAAGCCCAAUGUCCACAUUCCAAGCUCUUUUUGCUAUUCUUCUUUCAAAUGUAUUACUGGUAACUUGGUUGAUUUGUUUAUAUCCCGAUUCUUUCCUCAGCUAGAGCUGGGUGGGUUUAGACGAAGCAAAAUUCAGGUUGCAAGAAUGACUAUGAGAGGAAUAUGUAAAAUUGCACAAAAACAUAUUACUUGUGCAAUAAAGGAAAUUUCAUUUCAUGAAUUAUGUAAUUAUGAAGUAAAGGAAUUAACAGAUUGGAUUAAAUCUCACUCAAAGAUAUGGCCUUAAUUUUGGUUUUUCA